UAGCCACAUACUUCUGUGUAGCCUCUUGUGAAUCAUAGGGUCAGACUGUAGGAGGGGUCAAAGGUCACAGAGUGGAGGUCAGGCCUGCCUUGUUUGGAUGUGAAACAGUAUACCCUCUUUCAAUAUGGAGGAUGCAUGUAGCUGAGUGAGAGGGAUAAGUAAACGUUGGAAGUUUAGACUCCAUUCCAGGGAAAUCAGUUUUAAAUCUGAAUAUUAAAGUGAGGGACAGACUGUCCAGUAUGUGUGUAGGGAGAGUAGCCCUUUUAGUCCUGGGCGUGGUGAUCGGACACGCCCAAGCAGACACCAGUUCUAUAUCACGGACUCCAACCAUAGGCUGUUGUGACUGUGUAACCCUGAUGCCAGACCCCCGCCCAAACAUUGAGCCCCAACAUAUGCCCUCUCCAUUCCAUAUCAAACUCAGCAAGACUGUCUACAACCCAAAGAACAGUCAGGCAGAGGAAAUCAACGUGAACCUGACGGCGGUGCAGCCCUUGACAGCCUUCACUCGUUUCAUGGUGCAGGCCGUGUAUGUCAACACAGACGGUACAGUCAAAGACAACACCCCGCUGGGCAGGUUUAUAGAUCUUGACUACAACAGUACUGAUACCGAACUGAGGGGACGAACACAGAUUACCUGUGCAGGAGGGCGUGCUACAAAACAAAGCAAUGCCAACCAAGCGAAGAAAAAUGUGCGUCUGGUUUGGAAGCCAGACGUGACCAUGAGAGGGCCUAUUGUGUUUAGGGCCACUUUUAUUCAAGAUGGAAACCGGUUCUGGGUACGAGAGCUGUCUGAGCCAGUCAUUGACAAGAAUGGUCCUCCAAUGGACAAACGACCUACAGAUCCAAACAGGCUGCCUUUGAUUGACCCUAUAAACACUCGGGACUGUGGGUCCAAGAAAGGUUGUUACCGGAUCCCUGAGGGCUGUUGGGAGCCCUACUGUCAGUACAUUGCCACCUGGGUCCACUUAGGAGGUAACCGGUACAGGUUUGAGGUGGGAGGUAUUACAGAUGGAAUCACCGACAGAUACGUGUCACUCGCCAUCUCUGAUGACACCCGAUGGGGUGGAGACUUGGUGAUGGAGUGUGUCCACAAUGGAGCCACUGGUCUGACACAAGUUUUCCUUGCCAAGAGUGUCGACCACCACACUCACAGGCUUAAAAAUCCUAAGGCCGGUAUAAUAGCCGAGGAGGGUCAGUUCCUCAAUGGGCGGUUACGGUGUCGGUUUGAGAAGGUGCCCCACCCAGAUACCAAGGACUACCCCAUGUCGGGUUACAGCCAUCUUAUAAUGUCCAGGGGUGUAGCAGAGUCAGGUGAAACCGCCCCACACAAGUUUGGUGUUGGAGAGAUUCCGUUGUCCUCUCCUGACCAGAUAACCCUUUCGUCCACUGCCAAUGUUGGUGACUACGCCCGCUACGCACUUGUUAAAGGCCACGGUAUCCUAAUGAUUUUGGCAUGGGCUUUUUUCGGCACCACUGGCCUGCUUCUCACCAAGUAUUACAAACCUAUGUGGCCCAACAAGCGGUUCUUUGGCCAGAGAUAUUGGUUCAUUGGUCAUCUUAACUGUAUGGCAUGGCUGUUCCUACUAGUCGUCAUCGGCAUAAUUCUCAUUUUCGUGGAGGUGGAUGGAUACAGUAAGACCGACUACCUUCCCUACAAGGCCCAUCCUAUUCUGGGUAUCAUCAUUUUCAUCUGUGUCAUCCUCAAUCCCAUCAUCGCCCUGAUCCGACCCGAGGAUGAUCACCGCUGUCGCCCGGUCUUUAACUGGUUCCAUUGGGCGUUUGGCACGAUAGCCUGGUGUCUAGCAAUUCCUGCCAUGUUCAUCGGGAUGGACUUUGGGAAGGCGAUGGUGCCAUGGUGGGCUACCUGGAUCCUGUGUAUCUACAUCCUGUUCCACAUUAUCGUAGAGAUCACCCUCGAGGUUCACCAGUGCUGUACACACAAGAAAAAUAAAGAACGAAGGAAGAAAUAUGAUUUCCAGAAGAGAGACAACCCUAAAGCCCACAUCCCAGAGCCUGAACCAGUUGGUCGGAGGUUUAAGAGGAACAUGUUGCUUGCCCACUUCAUUGUGACCUGUAUUGUGGCUCUCAUCAUGGUCAUCUCCAUAGCAGCAGCAUAAACAGCUGGCCUAGGCCUGGAUGACCGAUGUCCACUUACUCAGGACACCGUCAUUGGUCAUCUGUCAUCAUGUGAUAUUAUAGAAAUGGUGCUUUGACUGUAGUAGUGACAGAAAUCUUUCACUGUAGUGUGGAGCUAUCCUCAUUGUAUAGUGAAUUUCGGCAGGUGCAUGAUUUGCUAAGAUCUAUGGAGGUAGAAAUCAUUACUCAAUGUUAUUGGAUUGUCAAAACAUUGUACUGAUUUAGUUACCGUAAAAACAAGAGUUUAAGUAACUCAGAUGUAUAAAACAUUGUACUGUUGUGGUUAAUGGUAAAAACCAAGAGUUUGAGUACCUCAGAUAUAGAAAGCAUUCUACUGUUAAAGCUAAUGGAAAAAAAACAAGACUUUGAGUGACUCAGAUGAAGAAAAACAUUCUACUGAUAUAGGAAAUGGUAAAAACAAGAGUUAAGUAACUCAGAUGUGGAAAGCUUUCUACUGAUAUAGCUAAUGGUAAAAACUUUAUCUCUACUGAUAUAGCUGAUGGUAAAAACAGGAGUUUGAGUAACUCGGAUGUAGAAAAUAUUUAAGUGAUGUAGCUAAUGGUAAAAAGAAGAGUUUGAGUAACUCCGAUAUGGUAAUAGAAGCAUAUGGAACCAUGUUACAAAUAUUAAUUCCAGUACAUACAUUUUGUACAUAUUCAAAUAUCUUUUUGUGCCAGAAAUAGGGAGGAUGUUUGUAAAAAUGUGCACAACGAUAUAUCACUUAGAUAUGAAUGUGAUCUAAGGAUCAAACAAUAUUCACAAUACAGUAUAUAUAAAAAGUACCACACAUUUCCAGUCAAGGUUUAGGAAGAAAUAGUUGUACUCCAUCAUAACCCAUAGUGUAAUAGAUAGAUGCUUGCAUGAGGAUAAUUUUAUGUAGUAACAAGCCAUGCAUCAUUGCCGCACUAACGCCCAGUCAACAUAUUACACAUGUAUACCUAUAUGAGAGAGUGCAUUCAUGGUGUUAUGUGUGUCAUCCUUGUAUGAAUGCCGUCAUGGCUGAUCGUUAUUAAUAGUAACAUAUUUGAAUACAUAGUUCUGCUUUUGUAUACCAUAUAUAUACCAUAUACGUCCUUUGUACUUGCUGUUUGUUGUCUAGUGAAUAUUUAUUUCUGAUGUUCCGAAAUAGAAUAUUUGAUAUUGUCUUGUAGUAUGCUACAAUGUUAAUCAAAUUUAUAUAAAUCAAAAGUUUGUAUAAGUUUUCAUUUUGUGUACAAGUUUCCGAUUAAAAGUUUGCAUUAUCAUUGCUAAUAGAACAGUUUGAAAAAAAGUGCCUUAAUGCUCGCAUAGUAAUUAAUCAUUAGAUAUCAUAAUAGACAUGAGUUUAUUCAGUGUCGCUACCUUACCUAAACAGCUUUGAUAUAAACUUGCGGUGAAUCAUUGUGAGGUUUAGAUCUCUGUAUAGAGACGUGGUUCAGUUUGAAGAUUAUACUAUGAUGUAACAGGAAAUCAUCACAAAAUUAAAUUUUUAGGUCAUCUGACCCGAAGGGUACAUAGUGCUUACACUGUUUACACUGAGCAAAUAUGGACUUGAUCAUAGACAGGUGAAUAUUUUUUCUUGAUUUACAUGUAAGUUCCUGUAUACAGUAUGCACUUAACACUUUGCUGUUGUUGUUUUGAAGGUCACAAUGUUUAGAAAUUGUUCUAGUUGAAUAAGCUGUUUGUGAUUAAUGUAUAAAACAUUAUUAUGUACACAAUAAAGAGAUAACUCUCACAACAAUAAUCUAGCAUUUAUGAUAACCAGCAUUUCCACAUAUAAAAUAUCUCAGCAGUGUUAUGCUAAACAUUUCCAUGCCAGUGUUGUAUAUAUCUCAUUGUCAGCUUGUGUGAGGGUGAGAGAGAGAGAGAGUGUGUAAUUAUUUACUCCAAAUGUUUACUUGUUUCUGUAAAGAGCAAGUCCUCAUUGCAACGGUUGUAGCAGGGUCUAAAGGUAUAGUAGUAUCAUUGUUACCUGUAUUUUUGUUACCUGUAUAUAUUUAGUAGAUCUGACUACAUGUGUAAAUACAGUGUAGAGCAUUUUGUUGUACAAUUUAAAUAACUUCUUUAUCAGAUAUUCUGUAUUUAGAUAUGUAUAUAUAUAGAGAGAGAUUAUCUAUGGGAACCCUUUUUAUCUCAAUACACAGGGCAGACGUUGAAUGUCACUGGGAAACUCUUGCUGUUUUUCAAAAUUUUCUGAAAUCAAAAUUUGUGUAAUUGACAGGUUUUAUGAAGCAGAAUUCUUAGCUUUGUCAUCUUUUUAUAUAAAUUGUACACCAAACUGAAUGGUCCUAUUUGUAAAAAUAUCCAGUUGAUGAAGUGAUUCUUUUUUGUAUUAAUCAUACUUCAAAUGAGAUCUUCUUCAAGUAAAUCUAUUACUUCUUUUUUAAUUUUUUAAGCUGAAAAUUUAAUAUUCUUGAUAUUAAUCUGCAACUACAUCACGAUGGAGUUCCAGCCGAAUACCUACAAUUUCUCCAAAUAAAUUGGGUCCAACCUUCUAAAUUAACAGAGUUCUCCCCCUUGUGCACAUGUCUGUCUUGCCAUGCCAGAGGAUGGCCAGUGGGUAACUAGUAUCCGAGUUCAAGACCUGUACUCACUGAUGCUAGGUCUGAUGGGUGAAUCAGGUAAACUUGGAUUCUGACAGAAGUCUGUGAUUUAAGAUUUUGUCUGUGGUGGCCAGUGGUAGAAUACAUUGAACGUGUCGCUAUAUUGUUGACUGUUGUGUGACUGUUUCAUACUGUAUUAGAAAUUGUUUUAAUAUAUUGUGUAAGUUAUAACUGGACCUGAAUGGGAUUUAAUCUUCGAAUUACAUUUUAUAGACAAUGUCUGCAUUGCUAAAAAUGAUUUUAAACAGAAGUAUUUAUCCUAAUUCUCGCCAGGGACCUAACACUUGUUAAAUAUAGAUAUAAAUACAUGUACAGAAUCGAGAGUAUUUGUCAUUUGACAGAACUCUAAAGGAAAGACCAAGUAUUAUCAGAUCAGCCCAGUUUGAAUUAUCAAUUGUUGUUACCUCCUUCGACAACUAAAUUGAUUCAUUAUUAAAAUGUCGUUACAUAUGGACAUGGUAAUAUCGUGUAUAUCCACUCUAAUUAAAAUCAGAUGUUCACUAUCCGCUCCGUAAACUCAGAGUUUACUGAGUGAAUAGUGAACAUAUGAUUUUAAUAAGAUUGGUGUAUAUCUUAUAGUGUGUAAAUCCUGGUAGGCUUUGAGCUUGAAAAAUGGUUAUAAUAUUCUAAACUGGCUGAAAAAAACUUAAGCCUUGACUUUCGGCUUUCAAAUGUAAAUAGCAUAGAUUAUUACAUAUUAGCAUACAAUGCAUAUAUUUACAAAUUAGCUUUAAACAUUUGGUUAUAACAGCAUGAAGUUUAAGUGAUUACUCUGGUGAGAUGACACAGUGGAGUAUGGUAUGAUCGCCCCACCUAACUAGACAUCUUUAUAUUGAUGAAUGUACAUAGCAUGUGCAGGUUUUAUUUAUAUGUGAAGUUUUUUUUUAUCAAUAUAUCUGUAUUUUUGCAUAGGAAUGUGCUUUGAAGUGGUGUAUCUGACAGCAAGUGUGAAUGGACAAAGUUAUUGCUUUUACAAAAAAAUACAUAUAAUUAUAUAUAUAUAUAAUAUUUAGUUUUUGUUUCCUUUUCUUCUUUUUUCAAGUUUUAAAACAAUUCUUUAUUCUUUUUUCUGUUAUUAACUACUUUUUCCUUUUGAUUUAGAACUAAAAGCUUAAUAUUUAAUACUUUAGGAAGAACUAAGAUCUGAGACCACUAUGUUUAAUUUUGAUGAGAGAUGUGACAGACACGUCACUUUACUUCUACUAUAUAGAAGGUUUUUUAUGGAAAUAAAUGUCUGGAAAUGGAUUUGUGAUAUUUUUAUCAUGCAUAAAGUGCAAUAUGUUUAUUGACUAUUAAAUUAUUUUUAUAAAGCAAUGUAAAAAAAAAAUAAUUUUUUUUUAAGGGAAAAAAUAAACAUUGGUUUUAGAUUAUUUUUGUACAUGGGAAAUAGUCAAGAUCAUGAACAAUUUUUUAAUUAGAAUGUAAUCAAAGCUAUUGUAAAAAUAGGAUUAAACAUCUUAUUUACGUAUUUGCUUUAUAUUUCUAAUAAAUAGUAAACAUGCGAUGAAA